AUGCCUCACUGUAUCCCAGUCAAUCCGUUCUAUCUCCUUUCCAAUAGCCACUUCCCACUAUUGGAUAGUGCUACGCUGGCGAUGCAGUCUCGGCCUUCCCGGCUAGCUCAGAGGGUGCUGAAGAGUCUGCGUCAGAAAGUCGUAAGUCGAACACCUCGGGUGCUGGUGGUAGGCGUUGGCUUCAAGGCUGGUCAGUCGCAGAUAUACAACCCUCCAGGCGCUGAAUUGGUCAGAAGCUUGGUUGUCUCGCAUGAGGUCGAUGUCUGUUGGGCGGAUUCUCUUGUCAAGCAAGAGGCAUUCCCACAGGUACAUCGGUUGCCCAACAAGGACUGGCGAAGAGAUGCUUUGGAGACAUUCGAUGUUAUUGUUGUUACCUCGCGACAGCCAGGUCUAGAUUUUGACCUUCUUGAUGAGCUUGAGGGUGUUGAGGUUGAAAGAUGGUGCCAAUGA